AUGUCCCAUACCAAAUACUGGAGUAAUCAUAUCCUUUUGAACUUGAGGUUGAAUCCCGCCCCCACCAAUGCUAGAGAGUUAGACUUCAUAUUUGAGAGUUUCAACAGGUUGGGGUCAAUUGAAAUGUUCAAAACUCCACCACCCAGUGUAAAUUAUUCCCAAAAUGUAGAGAUGAUCAUAAGUAGUGAUAAAUCAGUAUUAAAUCCAUUUGAAACUGAAAAACCCGGUCCUGAAGCAAAAGAUAAGGCCAUAAUACUAAGAGAUUUCUUCGCAAGAAUGGUAGCAUUACCACGAUUUCAAUAUAUUGAAAAUGACGAGAGUUUCUUCAAUGGACUGAAAUAUGUACAAUUCAAUCACAGUCUAAAUAAUAGAGGUAAGAUGUUUGAGAAUAAGUUCACUAUAAGUGAUAGCAGAAUCAACCAACCAUUCUGUUUAAUAAAAUCCGAACAAGAACUCGAUUUUAGAAGAUUAAAACAUUGUUUAAGGUUCAACUUCGAGAAGUUCACCUUGAUAGAUAUAGUAAGUAUGAGAUUAAUGAAUAACCUGUAA